AUGAUCAGCUUGGCCAGAAGAAGAAAAGAGGAAUGGAGCAACAACAUCAGCAUUCAAUCCAUGAUCCAGCAAUGCGCGGCCGCAGGAGAUUUGGCAGCUGCCAAAAGCCUCCACGCCAGAGUCACGGAGCUCGGGUUAGAUCGAGGCACGGUCGUUGGGAAUCUCCUGGUGAGAAUGUAUGGUAUGUGCGGGAGUGUCACAGAUGCUCAAGACUGCCUUGCCCGCAUCUGGCAUCCAAACGUUUUCUCGCAAAACAUCAUAAUGGCAGUAUAUUCCCAAAACGGGCAUCUACACGACGCCAGAUGCGCUUUCGAUGCGAUGCAGGACAAGAAUGUGGUUUCCUGGACAACAAUGCUGAGUGCCUACUCUCAAAACAGCCAAUUGGAGGCAGCAUCACAGUUCUUCGCGAAUAUGCCACAGCGAAACGUUGUAUCCUGGAACGCAAUGAUUACCGCAUAUGUCCAAAACGGGCAUCUCGACAAAGGACUGCGAAUAUUUGACUCGAUGCCCGGCCGAGACCUCGCCUCCUGGACGGCCCUGAUCUCGGCACCCAGCGCAGAUGCCACACUCGUGGAGCGAAUAUACUCCCUGCUCCCUGCGCGGGAGCUAGUGUCCGGCACCGCCGCCAUCGCCGCAUAUUCCCGCGCAGGGAAUCUCGACGCCGCGCGUUCCGUGUUCGAUUCAAUGCCCGAGCACAACGCCGUCUCUUGCAACGCCAUGAUCGCCGCCCUCUCCAGCGUCGGUGCUCUCGAAUCCAUCCAAGAAAUCUUCGCGCGAAUGUCCCAACGAAGCGCCGUCUCUUGGAAUUCCGCGAUCCAGGCGCAUGCCGCGAUCGGGCAUCUGGAAUGCGCAAAAUCCAUCUUCGAUCUGAUGCCCCAGCGCGACUCUGUGUCCUGGACGCUCAUCGUCUCGGCGCUUGGCGAGCACGGAUUCGUUGGCGACGCUCGAAUCGCCGCUGAUGGAGCGCCGGAGCGAUGGAUCUCCCUCUGGAACGCGCUCGUUGGGGCACUCGCGAGGAACGGCUACAUGGACGAAGCCCAGGUGGUCUUUUUCUCCAUGGAUUCCAAGAACGCGGCCACGUGGACGGCCAUGAUCGGCGGGCUCGCCAGCGCGGGAGACAUCGACGGCGCCGAGCGGGCUUUCGCGGAGAUGCCCGAGCGGGACUUGGUUUCCUGGACUGCCAUGCUGUGGGGGUAUGCCCAGAACGGGCAUGCCACCUCUUCUGCUAGAGUUUUCUGGAGAAUGCCUUGCUGGGACGUUGUCGCCUGGAAUGCUUUGAUUGUCGCUAGUUCGGAGCCGGGAGAGGAGCUGGAAGAAGAUCCCAAGACCCUGUUCGAUCGAAUGCCUGGACGGAACUCUGGAUCCUGGAGCGCCACCAUCACCGCUUUCGUGCACAGCGGUCAGCUUGACGAGAGCCGGGAGGUUUUCGACAGGCUGCCCAGCUCCGACGCCGCAGCGUGGAGCACUCUGAUCCAAGCUUAUGUGAACUCAGGACGGAUUUUCGACGCUCGGGAGCUGCUUGAAAGAAUGCCGUGUCCAGACGCUGCUUCCUGGACAACGAUGGUUAAAGCUUGUGUCGAAGGCUGGCCAGUAAGACAGAUGAUCACAGACCUGUGUUGGCGAUUCGACUUGGAAGGCACACGGGUUGACGAGAUAUCGCUCGCAGCCAUUGUGGAAGCCUGCGGCUGCCAAAGAACUCUUGCCGAAGGAAAGUUGAUCCACCAGGAGCUCGACGCUGCUUGUUUCUCCUCGUUCUCCAGGCUGCUCAUUGCUGCUUCGUUGGUCGACAUGUACGGGAAAUGCCGGAGUCCACACGAUGCGUGGCUCGUCUUCGCAGCCAUCAGCCAAAGCCACAGCCGACUUUCUUCUUUCCAGGAUCACAGCAGCAACUCUGAAGAAGUCGAUGAAGUCGUUCUUUGGACUUCGAUGAUCUCGGCCUUCGCUCAAAACAACCUCAGCUCCAGCGCUCUUCAACUCUUCCACCGGAUGCUGCUCGAAGGCAUCCAGCCGGACGUCAUUGCCUACACCACGGUUCUCGAUGCGUGUGGAGUAGUGCAAGCCAGAGCUGAAGGCAAAGUCAUCCACUCGAGCAUUACUGACGCUGGUUUGGACACACGGGCCGCCAUAGCCAGUUCUCUCAUCACCAUGUACUCCAAGUGGGGGUGCAUAGACGAAAUAGAGCACGUUUUUGACAAGGUGGUUCUGCCGAACGUGGUGGUGUGGACUGCGUUGAUCUCGGCUUACGCUCACAAUGGUCACGGCCGCCUCGCUCUUCACAGCUUCGCUAGAAUGGACGCCGAAGGUGUCCAGCCCGAUCACGUAACCUUCAUCAGCGUUGUCGAUGCCUGUGCCUCCAUUCCCGAAGUUACCCAAGUCAGACUUCUUCAUGACGAGAUUUCCUGUUGCAACUUGGAUCACCAUCCUCAACUUCAGAAUGCCCUUUUGAGUCUCUACUCCAAGUGUGGCUGUGUCGAUCGAGCCAGGAUCAUCUUUGAAAGGCUUCCAACCGUCGGUGUCAUCCCAGGGUCUGCGAUGCUACAAGCUUAUGCUGAGAACGGGCGCGGCCACCAGACGCUGAGCUUCUUCAGGCUUAUGGUGCUCCAAGGCGUUCAUCCUGAGAACGUCACCUUCCUCAGCAUUCUCUCGGCUUGCAGCCAUGCGGGCCUUGUUGAAGUUGGUUGUGACUACUUCGUCUCGAUGAAGCAAGACUACGAAGUUGAAGAGACUGUGGAGCAUUUUACGUGCAUGGUCGAUCUGUUUGCCCGGUCUGGAAAGCUGGAAGAAGCAGAGGAGCUGAUUGGCAGCAUGCCCUUCCAGCCCGAGGACUUAGCAUGGCUGGCUCUAUUAGCUGGUUGCAGAAGCUAUGGACAUGUUGAGCGGGGUAUCCGAGCAGCAUCACGAGCUUUGGAGCUCAAUCCAACAAAAACUUCCGCUCCUUAUGUCUUGUUGUCCGGUCUAAAUGGAAACUGUAAAUAA